GUCUUCUCUGUCUCAUCACCUUUUCUUUCUCUCUACAUUCUCUGCAAUCCUUUACCCUCUAAUCUCAUAAUUAUAUCUUGAGCCCUUUUUUGCAUGGUUUGUGGAAAGUGUAGAGAGAAAAAGGAUUAAUGGCAUAUAAGGUGGAUCAUGGAUAUGAUUAUCUAUUUAAGAUAGUGUUAAUUGGGGAUUCCGGAGUUGGGAAAUCCAACAUUCUUUCACGAUUUACCCGGAAUGAAUUCUGUUUGGAGUCUAAAUCCACCAUUGGAGUCGAAUUUGCUACAAGAACUCUUCAGGUUGAGGGUAAGAUAGUGAAAGCACAAAUAUGGGACACAGCCGGUCAAGAGAGGUACCGAGCCAUCACAAGUGCUUAUUACAGAGGAGCCGUGGGUGCCCUAUUGAUCUAUGACAUAACUAAGGCCCAAUCAUUUGAAAAUGUGCAACGCUGGCUAAGGGAGCUGAGGGAGCAUGCAGACUCUAACAUUGUCAUCAUGUUGGCUGGAAAUAAGGCUGAUUUGAAUCAUCAUAGAGCUGUUCAAGAGGCUGAAGGUCAAAAGUUAGCAGAACAUGAAGGGCUCGUGUUUCUAGAAACUUCUGCGCUCGAAGCAUACAAUGUUGAAAAGGCCUUUCAGAUGAUUUUGUUGGACAUAUAUAAGAUUGUUAGCAAAAAAGCAUUGGCUGCUCAAGAAGCCGCAUCUUCCACUACUUCUGUUCCUAGUCAUACUACCACCAUUAAAGUUGGUGAUUAUGACAAUAAGUCUUCAAGGAAAUGCUGUUCUAAUUAGAUUCAAGUGAAGAUGGAAAAGCAUGUAUUAUGUAUAUGUUUGUUCUAUAUUUACAAGAAAACCGAAAGAAAUACAAAGGCAUGUUUUUAUUAAAUGUGUAAAACUGAAAGGGGAAAGAAAGAAGAGAGAAAUGCUAGAGGAUUGGGCUUUGUUUUGUUUUGUUUUGGUAGGUAAAGAUAUUUGAAUGUAUUUUUUUGUUGUUUCUACUUAAUCCAUGUAAGUGAUCAUUUCAAAGUUAUAUCAGCAUGAAA